AUGGGUCCCAAGAAGGCUGCUCCUGCAGAGGCAGAGGCCGGGAAGAGGACCAAGGAGAAGAUCACGCUAGAGAUGAAGAAGGAGAUAAUCCGGAAGCACGACGGAGGCGUGCGAGUGACAGACCUCGCCAGGGAGUACAGGAGGAAUCCAUCCACCAUUGGGACCACCCUGAAGAUGAGGGAGAAGAUCCUUGCGACAGAUGUAGCCAAGGGAGUCGCCAGGAUCAUGAAGAACCGGCCAGCUGGAUGGAAGAGAAGCAGCCUGCAGGGGCCACACGUGGUCAGACAUGGAGAGGCUGCCAGUUCUGAUGUCCCUGUGGCUGAGGAAUUUGCCACAGAGUUCCUGGAGGUCGUGAAGACACAGGGCUACCUUCCACAGCAGGUCUUCAACUGCGACGAGACCCGGCUGUUUUGGAAGAGGGUGCCCAAAAGGACCUUCCUCACUCAAGAGGAGACCAAGCUGCCUGGCCACAAGCCCAUGAAGGACUGUCUGACCCUUCUCUUCUGGGCCAACGCCAGCGGUGACCUGAAGAUAAAGCCCAUGCUGGUGUACCAGUCCGAGAACCCACGGGCCUUCAAAAAGCACAAGGUGAACAAAGACCAGCUGAGCGUGUUGUGGCGAUCCAACGCUAAGGCUUGGGUCACACACGUCCUGUUUGUGGACUGGGUUAAUCUGGCUUUUGGCCCUGCUGUCAAGCAGUACCUGCUGGACAACGACCUGCCGCUGAAGGCCGUGCUUCUGAUGGACAAUGCUCCUGUUCAUCCUCCAGGCCUUGAGGAAGACUUGUCAAAGGACUUCUGCUUCAUAAAAAUCAUGUCCCUGCUGCCUAACACCACCCCACUACUGCAGCCAAUGGAUCAGCAGGCCAUUGCCAAUUUCAAGAAGCUCUAUACCAAUGAGCUUUUCAGGCGCUGCUUUGAGGUGACUGAUCGCACCAACCUCACCCUGCGUGAUUUCUGGAGGAAACACUUCGACAUCGCCAGCUGCGUGAAGAUGAUCACCAUGGCCUGGGACGGGAUCAGCCAGAGAAUUCUGAAUUCCACUUGGCGCAACCUGUGGUCAGACUGGGUGCCAAGAAGUGACUCUGAUGUUUCUGCUCCAGAGUCAACAGUGCUGGAGGACAUUGUUUCAUUGGGGAGGACCAUGGGCCUUGAGGUCACAGAGGAAGACGUCUGUGAGCUGGUGGAGGACCACGACCAGGAACUGUCCAUCCAGGAGCUGGUGAAACUGCAGGCAGAGGCUACGCAGGAGCAGACCCCUUUGGAAGAGGAAGAAGUGCCAAUUGAGGAACAGCUGUCCUCCACAGAACUUAAGGACAUCUGCCAACUGUGGGAAAAUGUGCAGACUUAUGCACGCCGGCACCACCCAGACAAGGCUCUGGCACGUGACCUUUCGAACACGUUUGACACAAGGAUCAUGUCCUCUUUCAGAGGGGUGCUGAAAAGGCGGCUGAAGCAGCAGACCAUGGAGAGGUUCAUCAUGAAGAAACAAAGAGUGGAAGAGGAACCUGCUGCUCAGGCUAGCCAGCCUGAGACCGUUCCUGCCUCCUCUACAGCGCCUUCUACCAGUUGA